AUGCGUCGAAUGCGGGAAGGCGACCAGCAGUUUUUUUUUUUUAAGUUUUACCACAUGUCACCCGCGCUGUUCGACAAGUUGCUGGGCUUUGUUGCUGCGGACUUGACACAGCAGCACUUCAUACGAGAGCCCCUGGAGCCAGGCGAAAGGCUUGCAAUAACCUUGAGUUACCUGGCUUCAGGGCUGGACAUCUGCAACGUGGCCCUCGCCUACCGUGUCGGCAUUGAAACUGCCCGGAGAAGCAUUCACGUGACCUGUAGAGCCAUUUGGGCUCGUCUGAAGGACCACUUUAUGAAGAUACCAACCAAGGCUGACUGGGCCAAGAUUGCUGGCGACUUCACCCGGCGUUGGCAGUUCCCAAACUGUUUGGGGGCUGUUGACGGGAAGCACGUCGCCAUCACCCGCCCGCCGAAAUCUGGAAGUGCCUUCUUCAAUUACAAGGGCACUUUCUCCAUUGUGCUGAUGGCCACGGUCGACAGCUCUUCGAAGUUCGUGCUGGUCGAUAUUGGGGCAGAGAGCCGCCAGAGUGUUCAAGAACACGAACUCCCAGGCACCACAAAGGUGACGCCGUACGCUUUCGUCGGGGAUGAAGCGUUCCAGCUGCGGCGUGACUUUAUGCGCCCUUUCCCUGCUAGACUCCUUGAAGAUGAACGAAGAGUGUUCAAUUACAGACUAAGCCGAGCACGGAAGUGUGCUGAAAACACCUUCGGCAUCACAGCGGCCAGGUGGCGCAUACUGCUCCGCACCAUUCAGCUUCUCCCCAAGAAUGUGGAUUAUGUAGUGAAGGCAGCAUGUGUACUGCAUAAUUUCUUAGCGGUCCUAAAUGAGGAAUCGGACCAGAUACUCGACCAAGAGGACAGGUUCGGAAAUGUGGUUCCAGGACGGUGGAGGCAGGGCAUCCAGCAGACGUCGGGGCAGGGGCAUGUGGACCCCUGCUAUUUCCCGCUUCAGGGAUCCCAGUCACGGAACUUCAGUGCAGAUGCUGCGGAUGCCAGGACGCUUUUCUCGGCCUACUUUUGCAGUAGCGCUGGAGAGGUACCGUGGCAGUGGCACCAGCCCGGAGUCUCCAAACAAGGGGCCCUGAAGCGCUUGGAAGAGCAGAGGCUGCACCCAUUUUGCUGA